UGCGCGCGAAGCAAACAGGGCGAGGAUAAAGCAAGAUGGCGUCUGACGGUGAAGACGUUAUUGCAGUCGUCACAGUUCAGUGUUCUUAAUCUGUGCGUCCAUGUACACAUAUAUGUCCUUUAUUACACUCUAUUAAAUAGAGUCAUAAUAACUGUUUGUAUAUUAGUCCGAGCGCACUUCUCCAGCUAGCUUAGCUUGCUAGUUAGCUUAGCUUGUUAGCUGCUAACAAAGAGAGAUGAAAACACAUCGCUAAGCAGAGAUCAAGUGUGAGUGUAAAGUGUUGUGAUUGUGUGAAAAUGUGCGAAAGAACCAUAGCAGAGUACGAGGAGGAACUUUGUCCAACAAAAGAGGAGAAGGAGCGACAACAUGAAAAACAUCAAGUUGUGUUACACACAACAGACAUCCAUCAGCUGAUUGGACACCAAGAAGAAUGUCUCCCUCAUCUGCAGGGGGACAGUUUCACUUUAGAGGAUCCACAGCCCUCACACAUGAAAGAGGAAGAGGAGGGAGAGUGUGUUGUAGGGCAGGAGGAGGAUGAUGUCAGCAAGUUUCCACUGACUGUUGUCUCUGUGAAGACUGAAGAGCAUGAAGACAAAGCACCUGAGUCCUCACAGCUUCAUCACAGUCCAAACAUCCACCAGCCCCCCCACAUGAAAGAGGAAGAGGAUGAUCCACAGCCCACCCACAUAAAAGAGGAAGAGGGGGAUCUACAGCCCACCCACAUGAAAGAGGAAGAGGAUGAUCCACAGCCCACCCACAUGAAAGAGGAAGAGGGGGAUCCACAGCCCCGCCACAUGAAAGAGGAAGAGGAUGAUACACAGCCCCCUCACAUGAAAGAGGAAGAGGGGGAUCCAGAACCCACCCACACGAAAGAGGAAGAGGAUGAUCCACACAUGAAAGAGGAAGAUAAUGAUCCACAGCCCCUUCACAUGAAAGAGGAAGAAGAGGAUCCACACAUGAAAGAGGAAGAGGAGGAUCCACACAUGAAAGAGGAAGAGGAGGGAGAGUGUGUUGUAGGGCAGGAGGAGGAUGAUGUCAGCAAGUUUCCACUGACUGUUGUCUCUGUGAAGACUGAAGAGCAUGAAGACAAAGCACCUGAGUCCUCACAGCUUCAUCACAGUCCAAACGUCCAGCGGGUGUCAGCGGGGAGUCAUGAAGAGGAGUGGCACACCAGUGUGGGACAGAAGGAGCUACAGGCCCCCUCCCACAUUAAAGAGGAGCAGCUUCAUGAUGAAGAUGAAGCUCAGUCCUUCCAGCUUCAUCACAGUCAAAGUGAGGAGAACAGAGGGGCGGAGCUUGUAAGUCAACACAUCACAGAAGCUGAUGGAGAGCAUUGUGAAGAUAUCAAGUCAGAACCAGACAGCAUCUUUGCUCCACUGUCAGACAUGGACCACAUGAUGUCACACUCUUCUGAUCACAGUGACCACAUCCAAAAACCUUUGGAGAGUAAAAAUGACUCUAAAGGUGAUACGAGACAUCACACUAACAACAAACACUUUGACUGCUCUGAAUGUGGGAAAUCAUUUAGAAAGAAGAGUCAUUGUACAGUACACAUGAGAACACAUACUGGAGAGAAACCUUUUACUUGCUCUGUUUGUAAGAAGAGUUUCUCCACAAAACCUAACAUGACCACACACAUGAGAACACACACUGAAGAGAAACCUUUUACUUGCUCUGUUUGUAAGAAGAAUUUUUUCCAAAAGUGUAACAUGACCACACACAUGAGAACACACACUGGAGAGAAACCUUUUACUUGCUCUGUUUGUAAGAAGAGUUUCUCCACAAAGCGUAACAUAACCAUACACAUGAGAACACACACUGGAGAGAAACCUUUUGCUUGCUCAGCUUGUGCUAAAAGAUUCUACUCUAAGAAUGACAUGAUAUUACACAUGAGAACACAUACUGGAGAGAAACCUUUUACUUGCUCUGUUUGUAAGAAGAGUUUCUCCAGCAAGCAUCACAUGACCACACACAUGAGAACACACACUGGAGAGAAACCGUUUUGUUGCUCUGCGUGUGUUAAAAGGUUCAUGUAUAAGUAUCAGGCCAGUAAACACAAGUGUGUAACAGUCAUGGAAGCUGCAGGGAUGUAAAAACACUUAAACAGUGAUUGUGCUAAAUGUAGUUUAAAAACACAGCAUGUUUAUUAAUAAGAAUGUAUAUUUGAUGUUGUAUGUAGUGCUUCUCAUCUUCUAGUCUUAUAUGUUGUCCUGUACUUACUUUAUGAGUUGUGUGAAUGUAUUAAAUAUUAUAUAUGUAGCUACUGUUAAGUUCCACUCUUCUAAUCCAAAAAGGACCCAAGGAUAACUAACGAUUUCCAACUGAUCAACUUUUAUUUUCCAACUUGAAGCAUUGUUGGUUUAAUUUCAGUUGAUCUUCAAAAUCAUCAGUAGGUUGUAAACCUUGAAACCACAAAAACAGAGAUGUUAACAAUGUGAUAACACAGCUAUUUUCCAACAAUGUUUUACAAAUGCUUUUAAACCGCUGAAUAAUGUUUUAAACUUUAAACAUUAAACCAUAAACUUUGACUUUAAACCUUUUAACUUUAACCAUUUGCUAUUUUAACUUAAGCUUUAAACCUUUUAACAUUUUAACUUCAGCUUUAAACUUUUACAUGAGCUUUAAAGUGGUCAAACACAGUU